UGACAGCGGCCUAGCCACGCCCCCAUUCUCGCACGCGACUUGGACGCUUCCGGGUGCGACUCCACCUCCGGGGUCCACGUGGUGGGCAGCGUUCAGCGCAGGUCGUUGGGAUGGCGGGUACCCCGGCCUCCGGUGCCACUCGGUUCUCCUGCCCCCCCAAUUUUACGGCGAUGUCUCCAGACUCGGAUCCCCCUCGUUUCUCCUUGGAGGCGCUGACGUUUCCAGAUACUGAAGUGUGGCUUAUACGAGCUCCUGCAGACUUCGCUCCACAGUGCCUCAAUGGGCGCCGUGUGCCUCUCUCUGGCUCGAAGACUGUUAAGGGCAAACUGGAUGGCAAGAGGUGCCGAUACCGGGUCCUUACCGGCAGUCCUCAGGCUGGAGAAGCCACCUUGCUGGCAUCGUCAACAGAGGCAGGAGGAAGACUCACUUGUGCCCCAGCCCCCCAUGGGAGCUUAAGGAUCAUGGAGGGUCUUCAAGAAUACCUUAUCUCUCGGGUCCCCCUGCAGCCCAUUCCCACAAGCCUGCCACCUCAGAUCCCUGCUGGCCUGCGGCCUCGGUUCUCCGCCUUUGGAGGCAGCCCUCCGGUCACAGGGCCAGGGUCAGUCAUGGCUCUGAGGUCACCCACUUCAGGGAAGAGAAAAAAGAAGAGAAAGGUUGCAGAGGCCUCAGACAUUCAGGAGGCAGUCAAUGGGCAUGGGGCCAUGGAGGUGGACACAGCCUGGAGUGGCCUAGAAAUGAGGAAGAAGAAGAAAAAGAAGCAUCAGGUGGGCGAGCUAGAGAUGGUGGAGGCUGAGACGGUAGAGUCCAUGGCAGAGAUGGCAGAGCCCAUGGGACUGCCAUUCCCAUCUGCCAGCAGCAGCAAGAAGAGAAAGAGCAAGUCCACGGGAGCAGAGACAUUCCAGCCAGAAGAGGAGCUGGAACACAUGGAAUCUGUGGCGGAAAUAGAGCCUCCUGACGGGACCAUCUUGUCCCCCACCAAGAAGAGAAAGAGGAAGAAGGAGGCCGAAGGGAUGGAAGCAGCUGGCUCUCAGCCACAGAUCACUGUGGAACCCCAGGAAGAACCCAUCCCACUGUCCCCCACAAAGAAGAGGAGAAAAGAAAAGAGGCAGAAUUUGGUGAUGGAGCCAGAUAUGGAGCUCCCCAGAGUGACCACAGAGCCUGAACUUCCAGAACAUGGACUUCAGGCUGAGUCAGCUCCUGUGUCUCCCAAGAAGACCAAGAAGAAGAAAAAGGAAAAGUGGCUGGGCGAGACACUGGCCUUGGGGGCAGAGGUGGCAGAAGCUGCGCUUGCAGCUAACUUUGAACCCCAGGUGGCUCCAGCACCCAGCAAGAAGAAAGAGAAAGGACAGAAGGUGAUAGAUCCCCCGUCUGAGAUGACUGACCCAAGAGAAUCCGAGGAAUCUGAGUCUGGAGCAAUUCAAGGAUCCACAAAGAAGAAGAAGAAGAAGAAGAAGGAGGAGGAUCAGGAAAGUGGGGUGUAAGGCACCAUUCCCCACUGAGAGAUGUCUCCCACGGGACAGGAGAAAAAGCAGAGGAGCCCUACUACUAUCCUGGGGAAACUGAGGAACUAACAGCUGAGGUGGCCCAGGAACCAGCUGCAGGUGUGGCCCCCCCCCCCCCAGCAAACACGUCAGCACAUCCAGCAGGGGCCUGGGCCUGGACAAUGCUUUAUUGCGACACUGGAGCCUCAGUGGCAGCGGGUCACCGGGGCACUUUGAGGAACGGUUCAUGGAGGACGUCAAAGAGCCUGCGAGCCUAAGGGCAGGGGAGAAAAGAGCUUGUCAUUAAAGCCUGUCUGCUUAGA